CCUUUGACUGUCAGACUAAACCAUUCACUGUUCUGUAGGUGAAUAUCGCGCUAAAACAUGUUGCUAUUUUGUAGUUUCCCAUAUACGUUUUGGAUUUGUUUACAAUGUUGAAAUCCUAACUGUAAUCUUAGUAUUUCAUAAAGAGAAUGACUUGAUACAUGAUGCUAUUUUGUUAGUGUAUGAAAACAUAAUCUACGGAACUCCCCUAUCAAGAUUUAGUUCACGUGUCACCCUGUAAUAUGAUGACACUCUACCGGCAUUUUUUCCAUACAGCGAAAAGACAACGAAACAUAUCAAAGUAGUGACCAAAAUGCCUUUUACAAGUGUCAUAUAACUUUGUAAACUUAUUUCUUCCUUAAAGCCAUAGUUUGGCUUUUAUCACUUUAAACUACGGUUCAAAGGACUGUCAGCCGAAGAAGAACAAUGUAUCCGGCCCGGCGCUGUUCAACGCUCCUUCACCGAGACUUGGCCGCAGUCUGUUUUUCAUCACUGGGGACACAUCCAAAGAAACCCGGUCCGCUGAAGAAAAGCAGCCCUCCGAGUUCACGACACUGCCACAGCAGCGUUGUUCAUCCUCCUCCAACCAGGUCAAACUCAUCACCCGUUCUGCUCGGCCCUUUACAAGUGUGUCAGAUGGGCAGUAGCAGCAGCAGCAGCAGUAGACUCUUCAGUACUUUGGCCCAGACUCUGAGCAGUGCUGCGCUGGCAGACCCACAUGUGGAUGCUGACGACUACGAAUAUGAGCAGGCUGACCCGGACGCGCUGUUGCGUGAAUGCGAGGAGGUUUUGAGGAACCGGCCUCCUCGAUUGCACCGAGACUUUAUGAUGACCAGAGCCUGCUCACUGCAGAACGCAUCCAUCCGAAUCAUGCAGUGGAACAUCUUAGCACAAGCUCUGGGCGAAGGCAAGGACGGUUUUGUGCGCUGCCCGAUGGAAGCGUUGAACUGGUCUGAGAGGAAGUAUCUCAUACUGGAAGAGAUCCUUACUUACAGGCCAGAUGUGUUGUGUCUACAGGAGGUGGACCACUACUUUGACACCUUCCAGCCUGUGCUCGCCAGUUUAGGCUACCAGAGCAGCUUCUGCCCCAAGCCAUGCUCCCCGUGCCUAGACGUUCACAAUAACAACGGUCCCGACGGCUGCGCUCUGUUCUUCAACCGCCGUCGCUUCCAGCUGCUCCACACCGCUCACCUCAGACUCUCCGCCAUGAUGCUUAAAACCAACCAGGUGGCCAUCGUGGCUACGCUUCGCUGCAGGCUCACAGGUCGAAUCUUCUCCGUGGCAGUAACGCAUCUGAAAGCACGUAGCGGCUGGGAGGCGUUUCGUAGCGCACAGGGGGCUCACCUCCUCCAGCAGCUCUGUGACCUAACCACACAGUCGCACUUGGAGAUUGAUGUUGAAAACCGGACUAGGGAUGGGGAAGAGGGUAUUCCGCUGGUGGUAUGUGGGGAUUUUAAUGCGGAGCCAAGUGAGGAAGUGUAUAGGCGAUUUAUGACUUCUCCGCUGGGGUUAGAAAGUGCUUACAAGUGUCUGAGCGAGGACGGGAACACAGAGCCGCUCUACACCAGCUGGAAGAUCCGUCCCAGCGGAGAGAGCCGCUCCACGUUGGAUUACAUUUGGUACUCGGAAAGAGCUUUCCAGGUUGAUGCCGUGCUGAGGAUACCGAGCGAAGAGCAGAUCGGGCCGGACCGGCUUCCGUCAUAUCAUUAUCCCUCUGAUCAUCUGUCACUGGUGUGUGACCUAAGUUUUAGUCAGCAGCCUCAUAGGCUCAUGUAGCUAUCAAUCAUUAGUGCUGUCCAAUAGGGAUCCAGAGCGGCUUAGGACAUUCCUAGAGCAUGUGUGCUUGUACGUCUGAAUGUGAGAAUGCAAAGACUGCGAAGAAUGUAAUUUAUCUUACUCACAUAAACCUUAUUUUUACCUGCUGAUGUAGGUCUUAAUGCACCUCUGUGCUUAUUAUUUUCCUUGAUGGAGAUUAAUUAUUAUGCUCUUGUUGUUUGUUAAACAGAGGUUGUGCAAUAUAUUGUAAUUUAUUAAGUGCUUAAAGGAUGAUCUCAGGAAGAUGCACAUUCUCAGCUGAAAGGUUCCACAAGUGGAAAGAUGUUUAUAUUUAUAAUGACUGUACUCUUUACUUUUAGUAACACUGUAAUCAUUGAUAUGUUUGCCAUUGACCAGUAAUCCAAAUACAUAAUAUUGUAUUUAAA